AUGCAUGCAGUUUCUACUGGAUACAUCCUGGGGGAAACUUGCUCUGCUUGGGGCUCCCACCACCAGUGUGGUGAUGUGGGUCCCGGGGCCCUUGCGGACGUUCACGUCCCCGCACCCGCCCCGCCAGCAUCCCAGAUCGGUGUCCGUUUCCGAUUAAAGCAGCUCCGAGCGGGUCCUUCCGGCCUUCCCGCCUGCGGCCUUGGGACCCGCGCGCCCCCUUUCCUGUCGGAGCCCUCCACCGACCACUCCCCACCUCGCCCCCCGGAAGCUGAGGGCUCUGGGUUGGGCUGUCUCUUUGUGCUGGCCACUGGACCCCUCAUGGCUCAUGAGGGUCAAAAGGAAAAACUGCCAGUCCUGCAGCAUUUCCCAGUUGUUAACAUUUCAUCCUGCUUUCACACUGUGUUUCAUGUUUUGUUAAAUAUUCUGCUGGGUCCUGACUCCGUGGCUGUUGAGGAUGUGGCUGUGGACUUUACUCAGGAAGAGUGGGCAUUGCUGGAUCUUUCUCAGAGACAACUCUACAGAGAUGUGAUGAUGGAAAUCUUCAGAAGCCUGGCCUCCGUAGCUUCUCGAAACCUUACUGAUGGAGACAACCUAUCCACUGAAAGUAUAAUAGUACGAUUCAUGAAAAAUGACACCUGGUUCUUGAUGGUAGGCGAAAUCCGUGAAUUGCAUGGCACUGAAGAUCAGGAUAACAACCAGAAAACACAUGUGAGUAUGCUGCCUAUUUUUAACAGAAGGCAUUUGUUAGAGAACUUCUGUUAAAAUAAUGAAGACAAUCAUUGUGGACAGACCUUCAGCCAGAUUGCAAAUCUCGUGCUAAAAAGAACUCCUAUGGAAGCAUAUCCUUCUGAAUGUCUUGAGUGUGGAAAAUCCUUGAUGAAUCAUUCAUCAGUUAAACAUCAUAUCAAAUCUCACUCUGGAUGCAGUAUCUAUCAGUGUAAGCAAUGUAGAGAAGCCUGCAGUUGUCCCUCUUACCUCAGCACUGCUGUGGGAACUCUUACUGGAGAGAAAUGCUGUGAAUGUAAUGAAUGCGGCAAAGGCUUUCAUCGUUCCUCAAACCUUACUAUACAUAUGAGAAUUCACAGUGGAGAGAGGCCUUAUGUAUGUAAGGAAUGUGGGAAAGCCUUUAGUCAGUCCUCAAACCUCACUGCACAUAUAAGAACUCAUAGUGGAGAGAGGCCUUGUGUAUGUAAGGAAGGUGGGAAAGCCUUUAGUCAGUUCUUAGACCUCACAGCACAUAUGAGAAUUCACAGUGGAGAGAAGCUUUAUAAAUGUAAGGAAUGUGGCAAAGCCUUUAGUAUUUCCUCAUACCUAACUAGACAUGUAAGGAUUCACAGUGGAUACAGACCUUAUGAAUGUAAGGAAUGUGGCAAAGCCUUUAGUCUUUUCUGAAACCUAAGUAGACAUAUAAGAAUUCACAGUGGAGAGAGACCUUAUGAGUGUAAGGAAUGUGACAAAGCUUUUAGUCAGUCCUCACACCUGGCUUCACAUAUAAGAACUCACAGUGGCGAGAGGCCUUACAAAUGUAACAAAUGUGGCAAAGACUUUAGUCACUCCUCAAACCUCACUAGACAUGUAAGAACUCACAGUGGAGAGAGGCCUUAUGAAUGUAAGGAAUGUGGCAAAGCCUUUAAUAAGUCUUCACACCUCACUAUACGUAUGAGAACUCACUGUAGAAGGAGACAUUAUGAUGUAUGGAAUGUGGCAAAGCCUUUUGUGACUUCUCAGCACUCACACUAUACAUAG